AUGAUCUUCCCAGCCAGUGAGAGCCCGGCAGAAGUAAUGGCAACAACCUUCUUGGAUAAAUGUGGACUGCCAGCUGCCGAUCUCGCUGUUGACAAUAAAAGCAGAUAUGCUCCUUGCUCACUGCCAUUAGCAAUGACCAUGACCCUUCACACCAAAACCUCUGGAGUUACCCUGCUGCACCAGAUCCAAGGCACAGAGCUGGAGACGCUGGGCAGACCUCAGCUGAAGAUCCCCCUGGAGAGACCGCUCAGCGACAUGUACGUGGAGAGCAACAAGGCAGGGGUUUUCAACUACCCAGAAGGGGCCGCUUACGAUUUUGCUACCACCGCUCCCGUGUACAGCUCUACUACUCUCAGUUAUGCCCCUACUUCUGAGUCCUUUGGGUCCAGCAGUUUGGCCGGAUUUCACUCACUGAACAAUGUCCCACCGAGCCCCGUGGUAUUCUUGCAGACGGCGCCCCAGCUCUCGCCCUUCAUCCAUCACCACGGCCAACAGGUACCCUAUUACCUUGAGAACGAACAGGGCAGCUUUGGAAUGAGGGAAGCUGGUCCCCCAGCCUUCUACAGGUCGAGCUCCGAUAACAGGCGCCACAGUAUCCGGGAGAGGAUGUCCAGUACCAACGAGAAAGGGAGCCUGUCCAUGGAAUCCACCAAGGAGACGCGAUACUGUGCUGUGUGCAACGACUAUGCCUCAGGCUACCAUUAUGGGGUCUGGUCCUGUGAGGGCUGCAAAGCCUUUUUCAAAAGGAGUAUUCAAGGGCACAACGACUACAUGUGUCCAGCUACUAACCAGUGCACCAUUGACAAGAACAGAAGAAAGAGUUGCCAGGCUUGCCGACUAAGAAAAUGCUAUGAAGUGGGAAUGAUGAAAGGUGGAAUCCGUAAAGAUCGCAGAGGUGGGCGAAUGAUGAAACAAAAACGUCAAAGAGAGGAACAGGAUUCCAGGAAUGGAGAGGCUUCUUCUACAGAGCUGAGAGCUCCAACCCUUUGGACAAGUCCGCUUGUAGUUAAACAUAACAAGAAGAACAGUCCGGCCCUGUCCCUGACCGCAGAGCAGAUGGUCAGUGCCUUGCUGGAAGCUGAGCCACCUAUAGUUUAUUCUGAGUAUGACCCUAAUAGACCUUUCAACGAAGCCUCUAUGAUGACCCUGUUGACCAACCUUGCAGACAGAGAAUUAGUGCACAUGAUCAACUGGGCAAAGAGAGUUCCAGGAUUCGUGGAUUUAACACUCCAUGAUCAGGUCCAUCUACUGGAAUGUGCCUGGUUAGAGAUACUGAUGAUUGGCUUAGUCUGGCGCUCCAUGGAACACCCGGGAAAGCUUUUAUUUGCACCUAACCUAUUACUGGACAGGAAUCAAGGGAAAUGUGUAGAGGGCAUGGUGGAAAUCUUUGACAUGCUGCUGGCUACUGCUGCUCGGUUCCGCAUGAUGAAUCUUCAGGGGGAGGAAUUUGUGUGCCUUAAGUCCAUCAUCCUGCUCAAUUCUGGUGUGUACACUUUUCUUUCCAGCACCUUGAAAUCUCUGGAAGAGAGAGACUAUAUUCACCGUGUUCUGGACAAAAUCACGGAUACUCUGAUACACUUAAUGGCUAAGUCAGGUCUUUCUCUGCAGCAACAACACAGACGGCUGGCUCAGCUCCUGCUCAUCCUCUCGCACAUUAGGCACAUGAGCAACAAAGGAAUGGAGCACCUGUACAAUAUGAAGUGCAAAAACGUAGUUCCCCUCUAUGAUCUCUUGCUGGAGAUGCUGGACGCUCACCGACUGCACGCCCCAGCAGCCAGGAGUGCUGCACCGAUGGAAGAGGAGAACCGGAGCCAGCUGACAACUGCAUCGGCUUCAUCGCAUUCCUUGCAGUCCUUUUAUAUGAGCAACAGAGAAGAGGAGAAUAUGCAGAAUACAAUAUAAAAAGAAUCAGCUUAUUUAAUGGUAUGAGAAACCCAGCAGCAUACUACCUAGUUCAUGCUUUAUUUCAGCUAAAAUGCCACCUAUGUAAACACUCCAAUGACAUCAGUCACCUGUAUUUUCCAUUUGAGUGUUUGUCAAGCGCUUGCCUAAAUUGAUUGUUCAUCCUAAAUGGAAGACAUUUUGUUGCUACGGACAGCCAACAACGACUGUCAGGCUAACUUAAUUUGAAAUUUGCAGUGUUUUUAUUUACUUUUGCAUGUAAGUAGGGUAAGUCCUAAUCUAAACUUAAACAUUCAUUCUACCAUAAAUUAAUAGGCCAUACCACCAAGGCAUAUGAGUAGCUGCAUAGUGGUAGCCUUUGUUGGUAUCCAUCCCGAAUUCUGAGCCUGUUUAAUACUUUACUUGCUUGAAACUUUGAAACUGUUUGGUAGAGAUCCCAGAUGUAUUUGAGCGAGGCAUGUUGGAAAGCUGACUGGCAUCUUAGUGUGCCACAGUGAAACUCCACUGCUAGUGACUGCCUCAUUAACACCGAGGUAGUUUAGGUAGAUUCCCACCUCUCUUCUUCCAGCAAUAGAAGAGAACUUCUGUCUGUGAAUUCUUUUUCUUUUUCUUUUCUUUUUGUUUCUUUUACUUUAGUGGCUAACAUCAGCAGACAAUUCCCUUUCAAGGUCAUACUGACCAAGCUUUCAGGUCCUCUUACUAUACUCUCUAUCCAAAUUGCAUUGUGUGCAUCUCAUCUUGUCUGACUCUAUAAAGCUAAAUCGUUCUGUUGCUUUGUAGUGCGUACAUGAAGGACAACAUGGAAAACAGUGAUAACAGACAAUUGCUCUUAAAUCAGACUAGAUAUUUACAGAAACCAUGAGGUCUUUAAAAAAAAAAGAAAUUUACACACGCAUACAUGAUCUAGCACUAUUUUAUGAAAAAAAAACGCCCCACUUUCUUUUAUUUUGUUGCCCUAACAACUCAGUGGCCAGGAUGCUAGUACGAGGUUGGCAUAGCCGGGUGAGACUGUCCCAUUCCACUUGUCAGAGUCUUGCCUACCCAGAUAGGGGAGGGUUGGGGUUGCAGCCACAGCUGUAGGCUUUGCAUUACUUUUACUCGCUUCUGCUUUGAUUGGGGGAUUCACAAAAUCACUGCUAAGAUCCAGCUCAUCUGUGACACCAGAAUUGAGCAAGGUGCUCAGCCAUAGAUAAGACUCCAGGUCACUGCAUGUACAGGGUGCAGGAAAGUAUACCUAGCUUUCCCCAUGCAUAUGUGCAACUGCUUUCUCUAAGGGUUAGUUAGUUUCUUCAGCUCAACCAUAAAUGCACAUAAGGUCUUCUGAUAUUAAGAGCUUCAGCAACAGGUGAAGGGCAGACACUUUCAAAGAAAAAGACCAAUCUAUCCUUAUUGGCUGUUGUCCAAGGUAGAAGCUGGUGUUUCUGUUCGACUGCCUCUAUGCUAGGUGUUUCUGUUCGACUGCCUCUAUGCUAGUAAAUUAAACAUGUCAGAGAAUGAUGCUGAGUACUAGAAUGUGGGUGUUUUUAUAUAUAUAUAUAUAUAUAUACCAGAGCUGUUCUAAGAGAUUAAUAUUUUUUUUUCCUGCGCUAUCUUGCACUUCCACUUUUCAGGAGCAGUUUGGGAGUUAGCAUGGACCAGGGACUAGUUCCAAUAGCCAGUUGGAAGUGACCACCCUGUCAGUAGGGAAGUUUGUAGCGUGCAUAUAGGCUGGUCCAUAGCAGCUGGUCAAAGCACCAGAGAAAGGUUUGGGGUAUGCCUCAUUUACUAGUAAAGUUGAAGCCUUUAUGUUAGCUUGAUUGGCAUAUCCUGCAGUAACUAAAUAUAGGAAAUAGUGCGACUACUGUAGUACGGUAGUGCCUAUGUCUAAUCACACCCACUGUAACAAUGGCAGUGUCUGUGUACAGUGAGAUUGAGUUACAGAGCAAGUGUGAAGGCAGAAGGGCAUAGGAUCAGUUUGUGCUCCAAAGCAAGGAUUAGAUUCUUAGUAAAUGUACAUAAUGAUGUCCAUCACAGUUUCACAUAAAUAUCUGAGUAAAGGACAGAUGCGGUUCAAAAAUCUGCAGAUAAAUGCUCGCUAUAUAUUCAAAAAGAUUCCUUAGCUAAGUGUCCAGGCCUAAAUGUAUGAAGAAGUCAUUGUAAGUUAAUAGGCCUUUUACUGAUGCAUGUUAUACUCUCUUUUUCUUUUUCUUUUUUUUUCUUUUUUUUUUUUUUUGGUGACCAUGCUGAAGGAUUUGUCUUUUUAUGUAUUCAGUGAAAAGAGAGAGAGAGAGCAUGCGUGCGUGCGUGUGUGUGUGUGUGUGUGUGUGUGUAAGUGUAAAUUUGGUACCUAAGGGCUUUUGGAGGCUCCUAAAUGCCUUGCAAAAAAAAUGCACACUUUGUUUUGUAGCUGUUUUUCAAAUGUGUUGUUAGAAAAAUCCUGGAUGCCCUGAAAUGAGUGCAGGUGAAGAUUUGGCUGGAACAAAUGGAACAGGAAUUGCUCUAGUUAGUUACACCUAAGUACUCACACCCUCAUGAUUCACUUGUAGCCUAUGGAGCUGCUCUUUAAAUAUACUGUACCUGCAACUUGUGUGUUCGUUGUAACAGAACACACAGAGCAAGCUUGUGGUUCAUAAACUGCACAGCAAUUCGUUUUAAAUAAAUGCCUCCCUCUCCUACACCCCAGGAAAAUUUAUUAUAUCAAUUCAAGUGCAAAUUUGGCCUGAAGAAAAACAAAUUAGUUCAGGAAGAGCAAUUCAUAACAAAGGGCCAGAUUCUGGUGAUACUUAGGUAGAGUAAGUACCUCUGUACUCUAUAAAUUGUUCCAGUGAAGCUGGAAAGCAUGUUCGUGAAGGGGCAGGCAGCAGACAGGAGGGUAUCAAAAUGCGGCUUGGAACACCAGAAAUAAUCAUCAGUUUCCAACUGUAAUUCUGAAUGCUUUCCUAGGCUCAGCCCUUGCAGUGAAGUAACUGAGAUCCAGCCAAUCCUUCCACACAUAUGGGCAUGACAGUGAAAGGCACCCAGGCAAAAAGCCUCAGUGAUUCCCAGUAAUCCAUUUACACUGGGGCAGUUUCAAAGCUCUGUCAUUAACUUGUCCAUGAUAUUUUAUUUGAAGCAGCACCUUAAUGAAUAUAUUAAUCUUUACAUAAUUAUCUAUAAAGAUGAUUGUCCACAUAUCAGACAGCUGAAUGUAGCCAUUCUAUUGAUUAAACAAAGCCUACAAUACAAAACUGGCAACUUUCUUCUCAUAUGUAAUUCUGAAUUAUGCUGUCAAUCAUGUAUGCAGACAUUUGUGCCUGACAUUUGGUAAUUGUUAAUUUACAGGAUGCUAUUUUGUGUGUGUGUGUGUGUGUGUGUGUGUGUGUGUGUGUAUAUAUAUAUAAAAAUAUAAAAAUAUAAAUAUAUAUAUAUACACACACACACACGCUUUAUAUUUACAGCUGACAAACCAGUACUACCUGAAUGCCUGGUGCUGGAUAGUAAAAAAAAAUACAUAGCAUAUAAAAAAAAAAUUGAAAGAAAAAUAUUCAGGGCAGCUAAUUAUGCUUUUACCAAAACAUUAAUCGUGAUGUUUGUGGACAGUACCUAAUGAAAGAAUCAUUGUUUUAUAAUGUUUAUACUUGGAUUUUUUAAAAAAAGAAAAAACAAAAAAACCCUAGAAACAGGCAAUGUAAUACCAGCAUAAGCCAAACAGAAAUAGACCAGAUGAACUUGCUUUGCUUGUGAAUAUAGUUGUUAUUCAAUUAUUAUGAAAAGCUUGGGAGGCAGGAGAGGAGAUCACGUGAUGUGUAUCACGUAGUGGUGUCUGGGUUUCCAACAAUAUGUGAAAGCUGCUCUGGUUUGUAGUGGUCUGAGCCAUGUUGCGAUCUUGCAGACUUCGUCUCAGGUAAAACUCCCAGUUAGGGCAGUAGGAUUUGUACUGAGGUAAAAUAAUUUAAUGAGAGUUUCUUGGUGUGUGUUUGUGGUAAAUUUACCAUUAUGUCUCAAUGACAUUUCUUGAUUUUUUUCUCCUUCUGUACACUGAAGGGUUUGAUAAUUUAAAAAUAUAAUUAAACAACAAACAAAAGAAAAAGUGAACUGAGUUCCCAAGGAUAUUGCAAGGACUGCCAGCAGGUCACUGCACUUUGAGAAAAAAAACCAAAAAACCCCAAACCCCCAAAACAGGGUUUGUAAUGAAGCCUGUAUCCAUGCCAGUUGUUGCUGAUCGAUUCCUAAAGAAUUGUGCCAAAUGUUUAAAAUAAAACAAACCACCAGCAAAGUAAAAAUUCUGCCUUAGUAGGGUCUGAAUCUUAUCAUAGACUUUGGUAGGAACAGGGCAAGCCUGUUUUGUAUAUGUAAUAUCUUGCUUUGAAAUGAGAAUGCAACCCAGCCUAAUGCUAAUGGGAUUUUGUAUAUAAGGUAUUCGCAGCUGAACCAAUGUGAAGUGCAUUUCUGAAUCUGAGUAGAGAAAGACAGCAUUUUCAGUGCUAUCUACAAAAGUAAUAUAGCUUUACAGACAGAACUUCAGCAUAUGUAAAAGAAGGGUCAUGUUAAAGACGAUAUCUUAAUACAGAUCAGUCUUUGUUGUCACCUGUAACUAUAGCAUAAUCUCAAACUGAUCCAAGAAUUUUAAAUUAGUAUUUCCCCAAUAUUAAUGACCUACCCUUUCUAUCUGCAACUUCUUUUUCAUCUUUCAAAUGUAGAUAGUAUUAUAUCCUGAAAGUUGUUUUCAAAGUGAUUGUUGCCCAUAAGGGUACUCAGUUUUGCACUGUGUUAAAAAAAAAGGAAAAAAAAGAAAAAAAUUGCAUUCAGAUGUGCCUAAAAAAAGUAUAUGCUGCCAUCUUGCAAGUUAGUAUGCUCUGUACUCCUGUGUGCCUCUAAUUAGAAGUCUGUUUCUUCAGAAAGUGCCCAUUGGAGGAUGAAGGGAUAGACUGCUAGUCAUGAGACUUGCAUUAACAAGCCACUUUAUGUAUCACCUUAUUGUAUAUACUCUAAUGCUUUUGUGUGCACUACCUAUUCUGUCAAUGGAAAGUCCUUUCUUUGGUAUAGGCUCAGCUGCCGUGAUGUAUUUGUUCAAAGUAUGCUGUUUCUUCACUGAUGCAUAUAAAAUUAUUGUUGUCCUUUUGUUUUGGUGAGUUUUUUUUCUUUGUUUUGCACCUAAAAAGCUCUAAAAAAGUCUAAAUGAAAAACCUGGUGGGCUACCUGAUUGGUGCAAGUUUUUUAUAAACUUAUUUGAUGUUGAAAAUAAAGAAUUAACCAG